UAUUGAAGGAAAAUAAAUUUUAAAUAUUUAUAAACAGCAUUCUCAGUUCUAGUUAUUAGUGGUGAUCAGUAAUCGCAGUGUAACUGGUGCAGCUCUGAUGUGUUUGAAAUUUGAAAAUCCUUUUCUUUAAUAUAUCAAAUUUUAGAUGAAUCUUGGUAAUGCUAUUAGCUUGAGAUGGUAAACGCAUCUGAUCGUAUCUGGUCUUACGUCCCAUAUCUAUUGUCAUUGUUCAGUUUGUCUUAAGACCUGAGAAACUCUUUAAAAACUCGUUAUUAUUCUAAAGAAUAUGUUAUAUCCAAUACUACUACUUCUAUGCUUGUUCAUGUGGAGUUUGAUAGGGUAGUUUCCUUCCAUUUGGAAGCUUGUGAUAGUCAUGGCAAUUCCAAAGAAGGGCCUAGAAAUAUUAAUCUUAGACAUAUGAACUCUAUACCCGCCAUCACCUCCACAUGGGUUGACUGGGUAAGGCUGUUCUCUGUAGACUGGUUUCUGAUGAAAUGAACGAAAAAGUCCAAAAAAGUAAAAAAAGAGUCUUUACUACCCACCUUGAGUGACAAUGUUGGGACUAAAACAUCACCAAUGAUUCAAGACCAGCAGGCGUCUACCCUAACUACAAUAGGUCUUGAUGCAAUAGUACCUUUCCCUGCUACAAAAAAUACCAAGCCCACAGUACAAACUCCAGAACCAACACCCCAAGUUUCCUUUCAAACUUAAAAAACAAUUCUUCAAGAAUGUCCAUUUGAUGUAAACUCAUUGCUUAUGGAGGAGAGACUAUUCACUAUGUCAAUGGAUUUGCCUCUGUUUUCUGCCAGUGAAUCUUUGGUGAGCAAGCGGAAAUAUUCAUUGAUCUGCCAGCGAUAGCAAACAAGUUUUUUAUAGAUCUCCGCUUCCCAUCUGUUGAAGUGAAUGUGUCAAGAGAGCACCUCUGUUACGGAUAACCGAGUUACUACAGUCCCAGAUCAACUUGGACUCAAAGUUUGUUGCAGGCGUUAAGAGACCUCCUCAGUGCAUCUUGACUGUCUGGCAAGUAAAAGGCAGCUACAGUAUGCCUACUUGUGCUGCAGUGGGCUGCUCGUCUCGCGCAGACAGGUACAGCUUCAAGGUGUUUCCCAAGAAGGACCUAAAACGAAGGCAAAUCUGGAUUGAUCGAGUAAAUUGUCCAGGCUGGUCUCCCACCAGGCACUCUGCACUGUGUGAGCGACACUUUGAUCGUGACCAGUGGGAGGUUCCAAGGCAGGAUGGGAAACGCAAACUGAAAGAGACUGCGGUACCAACAAUAUUCUGUGUGCCACUCUCAAAUGAUAUAGUAUCUAUAGACCAUUCAUAUUCUGUCCCUGGAUAUCAUCAGAUAUACAGCAAUGACACAGACAGUGGAGAAUAUGGAGUUGUGCCGAUUGAACAGGUCAAAGUCGAGGUAGAUGAAAAUUUACAAGAAGAGAUUUUACGAGAAGAAGGGGAGGAAGACACAGAUUCGGCAGAUGAGGGGGAGGGAGUGGAAAAUAUCCAGUGCACUCCGGAUAUCUCGGUGUAUCCUGAGAAAGGAGAGCCAGAUCCUAUAGAGAUAGUGGAAUGCGAAGAGAACAUUUUAAAUAAUUUCACUGGAGAUGCCGGUGAUGGUGACGAUCCAUUGGCCAUUUCUGCGGAGGAUGUGAUGAAAGUCUCAGGAGAUGUACCAUUGUUUCAACACAGUCGGAAGAUGUUAUUUGUCCCACAAGACACAAAGUUUGUGGCUCCACUGAACCGGAUUGUGAAGGGAGAGCCUAUGGUAACUGGGCCAGGGGAGAAAGGACCGCUGCAAAUGCACUGGACAAACCUUGUAUGUCCUCCACCCAAAUUCGAUGCAGUCACUUCACUGCCCCAGCUUCAGCCUCUGUCAACUUCAGUUCCAAAAUUGAGAGUGGUCUCGCCAGAAGCUCUCGGAGUGAAAGAAGCAGUGAAAGUCUUUUCAUCACCUAAGCUUCACAUGGUCAGUGCCUCAAUCCCUCCCAAGUUGAAGGUUAUGUCUUCAAAAGUCAAUAUCUCAGGUUUUGAUGACUAUACGUCAUCAAGUGAAAUUAAUGUCAGGAAUAAACCAAUGAGGAAGAAUUCAAGUUUGGCAAAAUUAUUGGGAUUGAGCAAUGGUACAAAGAUAAAUGAUAAGAGUUGCCAUGAGUCAGUGACAAAAUCUACACUGCCAAAAUUCGAGUUUCAGAAAACUGAAAACAAAUUUGUUUCGUAUAAAUUUCUGCCAUCUGAUUCAUCAGGACUAGAUAAUGGAGGUGUAAAUGAAAGUCCUGACAAAAGUAACAUCUCAGUUGGUUUGAAAACUAACUCUUUCUUACGCACUCGUCUGGUUAAAAGUCAAGAGUUUAUAAAUAAGAAGAAUAGAUUGUUUAUCAGGCCAAAAGGACAUUUUGAGGAAUUAGACAGCUGUAAAAAGGAACAAGCAAAGGUUAAUAAGCCUUUAUGGAAGCCAGUGUCAAUGGAUGGAAUAAGGGUUUUGACAAAAGACCACAAAAAAGGUGUAGAAUUGAGCCUGAAAGGAAAGAAGGUCUUUAGGUUAAUUGGGAAUAAUAAUUUUAAAAAGUUGAUGGAUAAAAGAAGGCAAAUUAAGUCCUCUAAUAAGCUAUCAUCACAACUAGUGAAUGCUGCACAAAAGUUCCAGAUGCUUAAUGACAUCCAGAGUUCUUCUAUUGUUGUUCUAAAUCCUUAUGAAAAAUUAAAUAAAUCAGGUAAGUUAGAAAUGAAGGAAACUAAAUUAUCUCCAUCUGUUAGAAAAAAAGUUAAAUUGUAUAAAUGUGCCACUUGUCAGCUUUCUUACUUAACUCUGGUGAAUUUGCAGAUACAUUUAGCAACACAUACAAACCAUAACUCUUCAGGUUUAUCCAAAGAUUGUUCAAGUAAAGAUUUGGAUAUAGAAUUUAUUGGGCAGUUUCCUAGGAAAAAGGAAGAUCAAUAUUUUGAUGCUGAAAAAUCAGGGAAAAAUAUAUGCCAGAGUAGUAAAGUAUUGAAGAAGGUUGUUUCAAAACAAAUAAGUAAUGGAAAAACCAACAAAAUACCAGAGCGAUUUCAGGAAGAGAAUGCCUGUAUUCCAAGUUCAAAUCCUUUGAAGAAUACUUUGAAGAGGCCAAAUGAAUUCACAAAGUCACAAAAUUGCAUAUUUGAUAAUGAAACCAAAAAUCAAUUACCAUUGAGAAGGUUUCUAUUGAAAAGAAAUCGGCCUAACUUACAAGGACGCAAACAAAAAUAUCAGGAUUUAAUAUAUUCACAAGCACCGAAAAAACAAGAAACAGUGAGAUUAAAAAAAGAGUCUCCAAAUAUAACUGAAAAGAAGCCUGUGGAAGAAAAUAAGCUACCUAUCAAAGGUUCUAACAAGAGAGAGAUGUAUUCUUUAAGGGAAAAAAGAAGAAUUUCAUAUAAACCACUGAAAAAUAAUAUAGAGUUAAUUAAAAAAUCCGGUAAGAGACACAGUGAGAGACUUUUUAUGAAAUUAAUAGAAAAGUUUAAAGAUGAUCCUUUGUUGACAAAGUAUCCAGUUGUUAUGUUAUCUAGGCUCAAUAUUAAUCCACAAGAGAAUAUUAAAAAGAUUGCCGGGCCUUGUAAUAAAAAAUAAAUCAGCAAUAUUUCUUUUGACAGUGUAUUGAAAUCAGUUUAAAAACGACUUAAUUUUAAAUGAAAAAGGUACUGCAGGGUUCUCCAGUUCUGUACAAUUAAUGUAAAGAGUGAGGGAUUUAUUGGAGAAGGUGGAGACGUAUCUCCAAAAGUAUGUAGAAAAAGCAAAGUAAGGCACAAUCCUUGUCUGCCAAGAAAAUUGUGAAAGGGUCGAUGGUGCAAUGUGGAUGUGACAUGAUAAUUCUCAAAAGUGAACUAAAAAAAAAUCAUGCCUCAAUUCAACAUUCUAAAACUAACAUCUGUAACAUAUGCAACAAAAUGUUCCAGAAUCACCAGAAUCUUUUAAAAAUGCAUGUGAAAAGGGAUCACAUUAGGAGCAAGCCAUUAAAGUGUCCGAGGUAGCUCUUUAGACCUACCUACUAUGAUAUAAGCAAAGAGCUACAGAGUCACGGAAGGUCACAUAGGUCAUACAAUUAUAAAGUAGAGCAUGUUUUUAUUGGUUUUAAAUGCCAAGAAAAAUAGACAUAUUUAAUUGAGAUGAUGUUUUAUCUAUACACUACAGCAGAUUAUAAAAACAUUUUUAUACAUAUUUCUUUUAGCUUAGACUUUUGAUUCUUAGUCUCCGACAUGAAUGUUUGAUCAGUCUUAUUUAUUGUAUCAAAAGAGAAAAUAAGACAGAAAAUAGUGACAUUUUUCUACACUUAUUUUAAGGAAUUUUCUCUAAUUACUUAUACAGGAGAGUUAAAAUUUGGUGAUAUGUUUUUUUUGUUUAAUCCUCCAAGUACUAAUUAAACCAUGAAAAUACGGUUUAUUAGUUAAAUUUACUUUGUAAUAUUUAUCUCUUUGUGUUGAAAAAUGAGACCUUUUAGAUUAAGAGAGUAAGAAAAAUUGUAUAAGUGCUUGAGAUAUACUUACUAUGCAAAAUUAGUUAAUAAAAAUUCUAUAAUAGCAUUUAGAACAACAGCUAAACUGAAGAGUGACAUAAAUAAUGACCAUAGAUAGCUGUUAUUAAAAAAUAAUGUAGGCUAUCUUACAGGGAUGUCCAACUUACAAAGGCUCGAGGGUUAAAAAUGAAUCCUUGAACUUUAUUACGGGCCAUAUAUUAGUACUUUAAAUUUAAAACAGUAAUAAGGAAUUAUGUAAAGUCAUAAGUAGGACAAAAAUUAGUAUAAUAUUAUUUUUAUUGAUCGAAGUGUUCGUUUUACAUAACUAAGACAAAUAUUCAGAUAAAAUAUUUUUGCAAUAAAUUUUUAUAUAUCAACGAGAAUCAAAAUAUAUAUUACGAGAUAUUAUAUCUGUGUGAACUCGUGCCUAAUCAACUGCAUCUACCAAAGAACGAAUAUCCACCUAUAGUUAUGUUAGUUGUUCUCUACCUCAUAAGAUAAAGUAGAGAUGCAUCAGAAAGCUUGCUUCUAUUUUGGUUUUUUCUUCAUGGAUGAGAAUACACUUUCACAUAAAUAGCUAUUUCCAAAUAUUUAUAACGUUUUUAGUUCAAAAUCUCUCAAAUUUAGAAAUUUCUUUUUAGGAAGUAAUUUAAAAACUAUCUUGCCUUUCCACUAGAAAUAUGUCAGCUGGCAUAUCACAUAAUUCAAGGUGUAGUUCAGGUGAAUAAUCUUCAAUUGUAGCUCUAAAAGGAUUAUUAUAAAGCAGUAGUCUACUUUUGAGAUUUUAAAUUUUGUCGAAUCUUGUAUUGAACUCAUUAACUAUUUCUUGGAUUUGAGAAUUGCAGCUGGAAAAUCGUUAUAUGUGAAUUCUCUUCAGCUAACUGAAGACAGCUAGGAAAGUGUGUCAAGUUCUUGUAAUCCAAUGUUUUUGUCUGAACAUUUUUAGUUUAUUGUGAAACCCAUGGAUGAUGCUUAGCAAAUCUGAUAUUGUUUGAUAUUUUCCUUGAGGAAUGUUAAGAUGAUUUGUCAAGUCUGUUAGAAAAGCUAAUUGAACCAAAAAUUCUGGAUCUUCAAACUUCUUUUCAUUUUUAGUACUGUUAGAUGGCACAUAUUUAUUAAGGAAUACAGGGAUGUCUUUUAACAUAGUAAAGAAUCAUUCCACGCACUUUCUUGCACUCAACCACCAUGUUGUAUAAUAGCAAGUUUCCUUACUCAGCCUCUGUUUCUUGUAAAAACUGCUUCAGUUGGCUGUGUAAAAUAGCUUGGUUUUCCUCUGUGAUCAAAUUUAAAGUUUUAAUCACAAGUUCAACAACUUUAUACUGCUUGAUGGAUUUUCCACAUAAAGCUUCCUGGUGAACAAUACAGUGGAUUGUCAGACAAUUCUCAGAUUGUUCAUUCUCCCUAAGCAAUUCUAUUAAUCCAGACGUUUUACAUGCCAUUGCUGGUGCCUCAUCUGUAAUCUCAUGGAACAUUUACCAAAUCCUCCCAUUCUGUCAAUUGCUUUCUUUAAAGCCUCAUAAAUGUCUUUUCCUUUUGUUGUUCCAUGAAGAGAAAACAAAUCAAAUAGUUCCUACUUACUAGAAAGUACUUCAAAUGUAGUACGUACAAAUAUUAAGGGCUGACUGACAACUGUUUGAUCAGCACUUUCAUCCAAAAAAGUGAAAAAUAUCAGCAUUUUUUAUCUGGUCAAACAAAGAUGCUUCUACUUGCCCACACAUUUCAACAAUUCUUCUUUGUAUGGUUUGAUGUGAAAUGAUUUGAAUGUGAAACUGAUUAAAAUUUCUUAGCUAUCUUGGAAUCCUCAAAUAGCUUUUGCUGUUUCAAGAGCACAUUUAAAAAUUAAACUGCCAUAAGUAAAAGGUUUCUUU